AUGAGACGUUCCAAAGCACCAUCGAUGCUAAAUAAAAGCAAACGAUUUUGUAAUCCAGCGCAGAACAAGCAUGAAAAUUCCGAUCCCGAAGAUGAAGUUUCCCUUAAAUGGGGUUCAAAAGACAAUCCAUCAUCUGAACAUGAUCAAUUUGGCAAAAAUAAAAAGUUAUUCAAUAUAGUGUGGCGUGAUGUUAGCACAAAGAAACAUAAAACCUGGAAAGGUGACGGCACCUUGGAAGUGAAUACCGCCACAAUGAAGGCAGUUCUCAAAGAUGAAGUGGGUAAAUAUUUGGGUUGCAGUACACGAUUUAAAUUGUCCGAUCUGGUGGAAGAAUAUGAAAUGGUAAUAAGUGGUAAAGAAAUUCAAAUACAAAACGAAAUUCAAAAUGAGGAAGAAAUUUUCCAACUACGUAAGCGGCAAGUGACAAGUCGUAAUUGGGGCUCCGAAGAAUGGGUGUCGCCGGAGGACCAGGCCGAGGAACAGAAAAAACCAAAGGGAGGAUUUUAUUUUAAACCAAUAGCAGAAUUAAGGCCACCAAAGAGUUCCAAAUCAUUGGAGGAGUUUCGAAAACAGUUGCGAAAUUCGAAUACCAUGGAAAAAUGGGGUACAAAGCCGAAUGCGAAUUUGUUCUUCCGUGAGAAUAUUUAUAAAUCAGAUAAUGAAACAAAUGUGAGAAGUGCUAUACCUUCAACAUUAGAUAAACCAACAUCGUACAAACUGCAAAACCGAAUUUGUUUCAUUAGACCAUCGGAAUUACAACAAUAUCUAUUCCAACAGAUUUGUGAAUAUUAUUACGAACACAAAGACACAAUUGAUGAGGAUUCUUCUGAAACACGUAAUAUUUCAAAUAUGUUACAACAAAUCUGCAAUCAUCCAUCGUUCAUUAAACACUUACCAAGCUCCAAUGAUCUUGUGCAAUAUUUAUCAUCUUCAUUACCAGUGUGGUCGGAAAUGGGACCAUUUGAUUCAGGAAAAUUGGAAUUCCUGCAAUAUUAUAUGCAAACCUACUCUGCUGGUGGUGACAAUGCAAAAGGCAAAUUUAUAAUAAUUGCUAAAAAUACAAAUACCAUGAAUAUGAUCCAUGGAUUGUGCGAUUUUAUGGACCUAAAAUGUUUACGUUUAGACGAACAGGUUUCUAUGGAUAAUAAAAAGCAAAAAAUAACUGAAUAUUUAACUACUUCAUCGGAAAAUGCUUCAUCAAAAGUUCUAUUAACAUCAUCUGUAAAUAAUUUGUUAUUAUCAGGAGCAAAUAGAAUGCAACAGCAACAAAUUAUUGUAUUUGAAAAUGUUCCUGAAGUCAUGGAGAGUUUAAAGGAUCUUAAGGAUAUAAAUAAAUUACAUGUUUAUUAUCUAAUAACGGCGUAUAGCAUUGAAGAGAGACAGUUACUUCCUUUUAUAACUUUGGAAGAAAUAUUGAAUUUAUAUAGUAACAUUAAUUUCGAUGAUACAUAUUGUUAUAUACAUACAAAAAUCGAAUGCAAUUGCCAAAGCAACUAUCAACAUGAGUCGUCCAAAGGUCAGAUUGGAAAUGAAUUCCAAAAAUGGCAGCAUCUUAAUGCACCUUUUGAUGAAAAUGUUUUAAAGGAUUAUGGUCUGGACAAUUCAUCUGACAAUCUUAUUAACAUUUUCUCUUUAACAGAACCUUGA